AUGAUCGUGAGGCUUCUAUCAAAUGCAUUCUUGACAGAUGUAUCAAAAUAUGGGCUCGGGGUACUUAUAUUUACGGCGAUGCUAGCAGCAGCCGCAGCAUUUGUUUAUUUCCGAGGGCCGGGUGUCAGCAAAAAAUCAACACUUCCCGUUUCAGUGAACUACCACUUCACUCGGCAAUGCAAUAAAUCUUGCGGAUUUUGUUUCCACACUGCAACAACGUCAUUUAAAUUGGACGACGAGAAAGCGAAAGAGGGUUUAGCUCGCCUUAGAGCUGCAGGCAUGAAAAAGCUCAAUUUUGCGGGGGGAGAGCCGUUCCUUUAUCCAAAAUUUUUGGGUAUGCUUGCGAAAUUUUGUAAAGAAGACUUACGUCUAGAAUCAGUUUCAAUUGUAACGAACGGAAGCUUAGUUGAAAGAAAGUUUCUUGAAAAAUAUGGGAAAUACAUAGAUAUCCUCGCAGUUUCCUGUGAUUCUUUCAAUGAGCAGACAAAUAUCAAUAUCGGCAGAGGCAAAGGUGACCAAGUCACCAAGCUAUUUAAAAUCGCGGACUGGUGUCAUGAAUUUGGUAUCAAAUUCAAGUUGAACACAGUGGUCUGCAACUUGAACUAUCAAGAAGACAUGAACGCGACAAUUCAAAGAUUGCAGCCAUUUCGAUGGAAGUGUUUUCAGGUCCUCAUGGUGGCUGGGGAGAAUGACUCAGAGAAGACUCUCCGUGACGUUCGUAAAUUCCAGAUUACUGACGAUCAAUAUGCCGACUUUUGCUUGCGGCAUAAACAUCAACCCUCGUUUGUGGCGGAGCCAAACAAUCUGAUGGCAAAAUCGUACUUGAUUUUAGAUGAGUACAUGCGGUUUUUGGAUCGCGACGGGAGAUCGCCGUCAGAAUCUAUUCUGGAAGUCGAAGUCGCAACGGCACUGAAACAGGUUUUUUGGGAUGAAGAAAGCUUUGUUAAACGAGGAGGAGUCUAUGACUGGAGUAGAGAUCAGGGCAAAGCUGAAAAUGGAUGCAGUCCUUCUGAAAGUAAGAACUUAGAGUGGUAG